AACCUUAAGUGUGAAUAAAGAGCUCUUUAAAUGUCGAGUUAUUUCCCCCUAGCAAUUCCCGCACUUUUUCUCCCGCAAUAUUUUCCCAUUCCCUGCUGUUGAUUGACCCUCGUGUAUAUUACCGGUCACAUCCGUUCAACAGAUAAUUAGCUGAGAUUUAAUUCGAUAGACGUGAUUGCUAAUUAAGCAUGUAGAGAAAUCAUCUACUGAAUUCUUUAUUACGCUAAUCUUAAAAACAUAACGUCUAUAAUAAAACCUAGAAUUUCUUACGAAGCUGUCGUUGUCUACCUUGGCUUAAGUUCUCACUACCUGAACAUACUGCGACCUCGUCCCUACCGGAUCUAAAUAUUAUCUGCUUAUUGUCUACGAUGGAUUGAUUGUGACACCUUCCUCCUCUACAUUGGGUCUAUAAAUAAUACAAUAUCAGAGGACAUUGGCAUCAGAGGAAUUUUACUGCAGAAGCGUCAUCAAUAUUUAUCAUAUUUUGAAGAUGAUGUUACACAGAACAGGAUAUAAGAACCCUGUUUAUGUAAAUUAACUGUGAAUUUCAGUAAAAUAUUUCUUCUGGGUGACGUUAUUGGUGAAAUUUCUUGGAUUCACUCUGAAAUGGGUAAAACCUAAAUUUGAAUUCUAAAUAAACUUGGAUAAAUUUACAAAGACAUUUGCAACAUCUUAAGAUAUCAGCAAAGCUUAUAUUUGAUAAAAAUAUGGCAGUUGUAACAUUUGUUAGGAAUAAAAUAUAGAAACAAGAAGAUAGGACAUUUCCAGACCAUUUUGUUGAAGAAAAAAAUUACAGAAAGAAAAAUUGUGUGAGAAACUUUAAUUUUUGGUAGAUUUACCUGCAGAGAUGCCAAAAGAAAGAGGAAAAUCUGUAUACGACUGUGAUAUCUGUAAAAAAUCAUUCUCUAAAAAAGGUAACCUAACUAUUCACAGAAAUAUUCACACAGGAGAGAAACCAUAUCAUUGUGAUAUCUGUGGUAAAUCAUUCUCUACAAAUAGUACCUUGGCUAUUCAUAAACGCAUUCAUACAGGUGAGAAGCCCUAUCACUGUGGUAUCUGUGGUAAAUCUUUCUCUCAAAGGAAUACCUUGACAAAUCACAAGCAUGUUCAUACAGGUGAGAAACCACAUCAUUGCGAUGUCUGUGGUAAAUCUUUCUCUCUGGUAAAUACCUUAAAUGUUCAUAGAAAUAUUCAUAUAGGAGAGAAGCCAUACCAUUGCGACAUAUGUGGUGAAUCAUUCUCUAGAAAUAAUACCUUAACUGCUCACAAACGCAUUCAUACAGGUGAGACACCAUAUCAUUGUGAUACCUGUGGAAAAUCAUUUCCUCACAGGAAUACCUUAACUGAACACAGACGUGUUCAUACAGGUGAGAAGCCAUUCCACUGUAAUAUCUGUGGUAAAUCAUUCUCUCAAAAAUCUAUUUUGGCUAUUCACAUGCAUAUCCAUACAGGUGAGAAGCCAUAUCACUGUGAUGUCUGUGGAAAAUCUUUCUCUCAAAAGCCCCAUCUAAGUGCACACAAACGCAUUCACACAGGUGAGAAACCUUAUCAUUGUGAUAUCUGUGGUAAAUCU